GCGUUCGUGUUCACCGUCUCGCGUUUUAAUUCUAGAGCAUUGAUGAAUUGAUGGAGAAGACGGUCCCCGCGAGCAUCCGUUUGAAAAGGCCCUUGAAAAUGGAAGACCCCGUUUGCGAAAAUGAAAUCCUUGCAACUCUGCGUGCAAUUUCCAGCAGAAACCAGGUCUGGAGGUCGUAUAUUGGCAUGGGCUACUAUAACUGCUCAGUGCCACAGACUAUUUUGCGGAACUUACUGGAGAACUCAGGAUGGAUCACCCAGUACACUCCGUACCAGCCAGAGGUAUCUCAGGGGAGACUGGAGAGUUUACUGAAUUACCAGACCAUGGUGUGUGACAUCACAGGCAUGGACAUGGCCAACGCAUCCCUGCUGGAUGAGGCGACCGCAGCUGCAGAGGCGAUGCAGCUAUGCCACAGACACACCAAGAGGAGGAAGUUUUUUGUUGACCCUCGUUGCCACCCACAGACAAUAGCUGUCAUCCAGACGCGAGCCAAAUAUGCUGGAGUCCUCAUUGAGUUGAAGUUAUUCCACGAAAUGGACUUCAGUGGGAAAGACGUCAGUGGAGUGCUGUUCCAGUACCCAGACACUGAGGGGAAGGUGGAAGACUUUACUGAACUCGUGGAGAGAGCCCAUCAGACUGGGAGCUUGGCUUGCUGUGCUACUGACCUUUUAGCUCUGUGUAUCUUGAGGCCUCCUGGAGAAUUUGGGGUAGACAUCGCCCUUGGCAGCUCACAGAGAUUUGGGGUGCCACUCGGCUAUGGUGGACCUCAUGCAGCCUUUUUUGCCGUCAGAGAAAGCUUGGUGAGGAUGAUGCCUGGAAGAAUGGUGGGAGUUACAAGAGAUGCCACCGGGAAGGAAGUGUAUCGUCUUGCUCUUCAAACCAGGGAGCAACACAUCCGGAGAGACAAGGCUACCAGCAACAUCUGUACUGCUCAGGCUCUCUUGGCGAAUAUGGCUGCCAUGUUUGCAAUCUACCACGGUUCCCGAGGGCUGGAGCAUAUUGCUAGGAGGGUACACAAUGCCACUUUGAUUUUGUCUGAAGGUCUCAAGCGAGCGGGGCAUCAACUCCAGCAUGACUUGUUCUUUGACACUUUGAAGAUUCAGUGUGGCUGCUCAGUGAAGGAGGUUUUGAGCAGAGCUGCUCAGAGGCAAAUCAAUUUUCGACUUUUUGAGGAUGGCACACUUGGUAUUUCUCUUGAUGAAACAGUCAGUGAAAAAGAUCUGGAUGACUUGUUGUGGAUCUUUGGCUGUGAAUCAUCUGCAGAGCUGGUUGCUGAAAGCAUGGGCGAGGAACGGAGAGGUAUUCUAGCCACUGCCUUCAAGAGAACCAGCCCGUUCCUUACAAAUCAAGUGUUCAACAGCUAUCACUCAGAAACAAAUAUUGUUCGAUAUAUGAAGAAAUUAGAAAACAAAGACAUUUCCCUUGUUCACAGCAUGAUUCCACUGGGAUCCUGUACCAUGAAGCUCAACAGUUCAUCUGAACUUGCACCAAUCACAUGGAGUGAAUUUGCAAACAUCCACCCCUUUGUGCCUUUGGACCAAGCUCAAGGGUACCAGCAGCUUUUCCGAGAGCUUGAGAAGGAUUUGUGUGAGAUCACAGGCUACGACCGAAUCUGUUUACAGCCUAACAGUGGAGCCCAGGGGGAAUAUGCUGGGCUGGCCACUAUCCGAGCUUACUUAGAAGAGAAAGGAGAGAGACACAGAACGGUUUGCCUCAUUCCGAAAUCAGCUCAUGGGACCAAUCCCGCAAGUGCCCACAUGGCAGGCAUGAAGAUUCAGCCUGUGGAGGUGGAUAAAUAUGGAAAUAUCGACACAGCUCACCUCAAGGCCAUGGUGGAUAAACACAAGGAGAACCUGGCAGCAAUCAUGAUUACGUACCCAUCCACCAAUGGAGUGUUUGAAGAGAACAUCAGCAACGUGUGUGACCUGAUUCACCAACACGGAGGCCAGGUCUACCUAGACGGGGCAAAUAUGAACGCUCAGGUGGGAAUCUGUCGCCCUGGAGACUUUGGGUCUGAUGUCUCGCACCUAAACCUUCACAAGACCUUCUGCAUUCCCCAUGGAGGAGGCGGCCCUGGCAUGGGGCCCAUCGGAGUGAAGAAGCAUCUUGCCCCUUUCCUACCCAGUCAUCCUGUCAUGUCGUUAACGUCUGAUGAGGAUGCCCGGCCCGUGGGGACCGUCAGCGCAGCCCCGUGGGGCUCCAGUUCCAUCCUGCCCAUUUCAUGGGCUUACAUUAAGAUGAUGGGAGGCAAGGGCCUUAAACAAGCUACGGAAGUUGCUAUAUUGAAUGCCAACUACAUGGCCAAGAGAUUAGAAAAACACUACAGAGUCCUUUUCCGGGGUGCAAGAGGUUAUGUGGCUCAUGAAUUUAUUUUGGAUACAAGACCCUUCAAAAAGUCUGCAAAUAUUGAGGCUGUGGAUGUGGCCAAGAGGCUUGCAGGAUUUCAUGCCCCUACCAUGUCCUGGCCAGUGGCAGGGACUCUCAUGAUUGAGCCCACUGAGUCGGAAGACAAGGCAGAGCUGGAUAGGUUCUGUGAUGCCAUGAUAAGCAUUCGGCAGGAAAUCGCCGACAUUGAGGAGGGCCGCAUCGACCCCCAGGUCAAUCCACUGAAGAUGUCUCCACACUCCCUGACCUGCGUCACAUCCUCGCACUGGGAUCGGCCGUAUUCCAGAGAGGUGGCAGCCUUCCCACUCCCCUUUGUGAAACCAGAGAACAAAUUCUGGCCAACCAUUGCCCGGAUCGAUGACAUCUAUGGCGACCAGCACCUGGUCUGUACCUGCCCACCCAUGGAAGUUUAUGAGUCUCCAUUUUCUGAACAGAAGAGGGCCUCUUCUUAGUCUCCCCCUGAGUCCAAGUGACUGAUUUGAUGCCUCUCUCUGGAGCAUUUGAUAAGCAAGAAAUAUUUCAUCACCUACCCCAGACUCAAGCAGGGGUUUUAUAUACUGUGUAUAUUUUUGUAAUCUCUGUCAAGGUAAA